AUCUUCUUGCUCCAUCCACAUGGAUGCAUGAACAAAAAGCAGGUGUGUGCCGAAUUACAUCCACUUAAAGAGCUCAUAGCAGAUGAUCAUGGAUAUAGAUUUAGUUAGUUCUUAGCUCUUUAACACUUGCUCUCAUCUCAGCACAUCUGCUGGAUUUAAUUAAACAGUAUUUUCGUAGAACAAUUGACAAAAAAUUAAAUAAAUGGUUGCAUUUUCCUUCCGGAAACAAUGGAGGCUCAUAUUCUGCGUGGUGAUGCCACUCAUUCUAUCACCACUCAUAUUUUUACCGGACGACACAAAAAAAUAUAAAUGUUUAUACGUUAUCCUUCUCAUGGGGGCAAGUUGGAUGGUGGAAGCGAUUCCACUUUCAGUAACGGCACUGCUCCCAGUUGUGUUUUUCCCAAUUUUUGGGAUACAAACGACAGCUCAAGUAGUUUCGAACUACAUGCGAGAAACGGGGAUGAUGUUUAUCGGUGGGAUUUCGCUCGCUUUGGGCAUCCAGCACUCUGGGCUGCAUAAAAGAAUCGCUCUGAACAUGAUGGUGAUCAUCGGCGUGUCUCCGUGGCGUCUCCUCUUAGGAAUUAUGGUGACCACUUUCACUUUGUCGUGUUGGAUCGUGGGAAAUACGGCCGUGACGGCGAUGAUGAUUCCCAUCGUGACCGGCUUGGUCGAAUCCGUCGAUCAUCCCGGAGAUCGAGAACAUCUCCGCGUCCUUUACAUGUUGGCCGUCGGUUAUGCGGCGAAUAUUGGAGGAACUGCUGUCAUGAUUGGAUCCAUUCCGAAUAUCAUUUUUAAAGAUUUGGUCGCAUUAGAAAAUAUUGGCCAAAAUGGCAAAUACACAGAGAUAAAUUUUGCCACCUGGAUAGCUUUCAAUAUGCCGAUUGCCCUAAUUAACUUGGCGAUUGUAUGGAGUUACUUGGGCUUCCUGUAUCUGCGCCAAGGUGCUCGGAAGGGAUCGACCCCGACGUGUCACCCCACAAACGUGCAAUAUGAACGUCGACACUCGUCACAGGCCGAACUCAGCUCAAUUUCGAGCAGUGGGAGUAUCAGUGCUCAGCGAGAAGCACCGAAUACUGUCCAAUCGGCUGAGAAAAUCGGACAAACCCUCCGAAACAAGUUGACCGCUUUGGGAAGUAUGAAUUUCCACGAAAAAUCAGUCUCCGUCCUCUUUUUCUUCGCCGUUUUACUUUGGUUCACUCGAGAUCCGCAAGUUUUUUCGGGAUGGCAGAGUUGGAUGCCACUGGCGGUGGGGGAUUCUAGCGUCGCAAUACUCGUCCUCGUGUUCAUGUUUAUUAUCCCGAGAGAUCUUAAUGGUUUUCGUAAAGGAACGAGCGAUUCGUCCUCGUCAGGGUCAUCUGAAACUUUAAUGAGUUGGGACUAUCUGCAAUUGCACUUUCCCUGGAGCGUAGUCCUUCUCGUGGGAGGUGGUUUUGCAAUAUCGGAUGGUGCAGAAGCAUCCAAACUUUCCGUCUGGUUGGGGGAACAGCUCAACGGCCUGGAAUCACUGCCGACACCGCUUCUCUUAUACGUCGUACUUCUCGUGCUAUCAGUUUUUACAGAGGUCAUGUCCAAUGCUGCCACGGUCUCUCUACUCACCCCGAUUCUGCUCGCUUUAUCGAAACGUAUUGACCUCCACCCACUCUACAUCUCAUUCUCUGGUGCCAUCGCGUGUCAAUACGCGUUCAUCCUACCGACGUCUAACCCACCUAAUGCCCUCGUCUUCAGUGCCGGUCGGAUGCGAAUUCUGGACAUGGUAAAACCCGGGCUUCCACUGAACUUUGUCUGCUUGACUGUCCUCUUUCUCAUGAAUAUUUCUUGGGGACAAUUUCUCUUCAAGUUUGGAAGUUAUGAAUAUCCUAACGCUGAAAAUAAUGUUACCACCACAGUAAUGCCUGCGUUACUAUAAUCAAUUAAUAAGACAAUAAAGAAUGAAUUAUUUUGCGGAACAAAUUGCAUUAAAAUAA